AUGGCGCGGCCGCGGCCGCCCGGCCACACCCGCGUCGCCCUCGCUGUCGUCGUCGCGGCCGCCGUUGUCCUCCUCGUGUCGCCGCCGCGCCCCGCCGCGGCCCAGGGCACGACGGAGGCGGACGUGCUGAUCGCGUUCCGGGACACGCUGCGCGGGCCGGACGGCGCGCUGCCGGGCCCGCUCCGGAGCUGGGGCACCCCGGGCCCGUGCAGUGGCAACAGCUCCUCCUGGUACGGCGUGUCCUGCCACGGCAACGGCACCGUGCAGGGCCUGCAGCUGGAGCGGCUGGGCCUGGCGGGCGCCGCGCCGGACCUGUCCGCGCUCGCCGUCCUCCCGGGCCUCCGCGCGCUCAGCCUCGCCGACAACGCGCUCACCGGCGCGUUCCCCAACGUGUCCGCGCUCGGCGUGCUCAAGAUGCUCUACCUCUCCCGGAACCGCCUCUCCGGCGUCAUCCCGGAGGGCACGUUCCGGCCCAUGCGCGGCCUCCGCAAACUCCACCUCGGCUUCAACGAGUUCUCCGGGCCCGUCCCGGGGUCCAUCACCUCGCCGCGGCUGCUCGAGUUCGUCGACGUCUCCAACAACAACCUCUCCGGCCCGAUCCCGGCGGGGCUCAGCCGCUUCAAUUCAAGCAUGUUCGCAGGCAACAAGUUCCUCUGCGGCAAGCCGCUGGACGCGGAGUGCGACGGCCUGGGGGUGCCGCGCUCGGGCAUGUCGACCAUGACGAAGAUCGCCAUCGCGCUCAUCGUCCUCGGCGUGAUCCUCUGCGCCGUGGGCAUCGCCACGGGGGUUCUCGGCCGUCGCCGGCAGAGGCCGAAGAGGCGCGCGGCCGCCGAGGCGCUCGGCGGCGGCGGGGACCAGACGCCCUCCAACCCGAAGCUCAACACCGCGCCGGCCGUCAACAUCGAGAACGCCGCCAGCACGAGCCAGCCGCGCGCCGCCGCCGCCGGCGGCGCGGCCGGGGGUGCCGCCGCGGCGAAGCGGCAGCGGCGAGACGAGCACGGGCGGCUGGUGUUCAUCCAGGAGGGCCGCACCCGGUUCGAGAUCGAGGACCUUCUCCGGGCGUCGGCCGAGGUGCUUGGCAGCGGCAAUUUCGGGUCGUCGUACAAGGCGACGCUCUGCGACGGGCCCGCCGUGGUUGUGAAGCGGUUCAAGGACAUGAACGGCGUCGGCCGGGAGGACUUCUCGGAGCACAUGCGCCGCCUCGGCCGCCUCGCCCACCCCAACCUCCUCCCCCUCGUCGCCUACCUUUACAAGAAGGAGGAGAAGCUCCUCGUCACUGACUACGUCGUCAAUGGCAGCCUCGCCCAGCUCCUCCAUGGCAAUCGAGGGUCGCUGUUGGAUUGGGGGAAGCGGCUGCGGAUCAUCAAGGGCGCGGCGCGGGGGCUGGCGCACCUGUACGACGAGCUGCCGAUGCUGACGGUGCCGCACGGGCACCUCAAGUCGUCGAACGUGCUGCUCGACGGCGCGUUCGAGGCGGUGCUGUCGGACUACGCGCUGGUGCCGGUGGUGACGUCGCAGAUCGCGGCGCAGGUGAUGGUGGCGUACAAGGCGCCCGAGUGCAUCGCGCCGCAGGGGAAGCCGUCCAAGAAGAGCGACGUGUGGAGCCUGGGCAUUCUCAUCCUCGAGGUGCUCACCGGCAAGUUCCCGGCGAACUACCUCCGGCAGGGGCGGCAGGGUGGCGACCUCGCCGGGUGGGUGCAGUCCGUCGUCACGGAGGAGCGCACCGGCGAGGUGUUCGACAAGGACAUCACGGGGGCCAGGGGAUACGAGGCCGACAUGGUCAAGCUUCUCCAGGUUGGCCUGGGAUGCUGCGACGCCGACGUCGACCGGAGGUGGGACCUCAAGACGGUCAUCGCGCGCAUGGACGAGAUCCGGGACCCCGAGCCCGCCGCCGCCGACUCCUCGUCGUCGUCGUCCUAGGCGAGCAGCACAUACACCCGCGUAACUAACCAAGAAAAUCCCAGUGAUCGAUCAGCGCCGUGCGUGUAUGCAAGGGAUGCAGCCGAGACGAUGAUUUACGUGGCAAGCUAAGCAUGCACAUGCAUAUGGCUGGAUUAUUGGAUCGUGAACUAAAUUUGGAUGCGUUGAUCGACUGAUCGAAUUGAUGAACAAAUACAAUUGAGAAGAUGGGAUAGAUCAUGGUGGUGCGGUUUCUGAUAUGGUUCAUGGGGAAUUUCGAUCGUGUAAAUUGGCUUAGCUUAAUUUGUCAAAAGGGAUAAAAGGGUGCUAGUGUGUAAGGUACUUUUAAUACGUUUUGUUCUAUAUUGUGCCUGUUAUUCGUACGAAUUCUUACAUAUCAUA